AUGGGCAUACUUGCCGAAGUCUUCAGCCUGCCGAGCCUUACGCUGGCGGCGGUAGUGGAGUCGCUACUUGCCAUCAAAAUCUUCCCAGAUUUUAUGCCCACCUUGCUCAACACAGAGAAUCACCUCGCCAUCUUUGGGGCUGUUUUUCUCGCAAACUACGCAUUUGGCAUUUUGUUCUGGGGGUUUCUCUACCCGACAAUCUUCAGCCCGCUAAGGGGCAUUCCUGGCCCAAAGUCUAUUAUCAGCACAUCCCAUCGGGGUCUCUUGGUGACCGAUAGACCACCCGGUGACCUAUUUCUCGAUUUAAUCAAGGAAUACCCCAACGAAGAGAUUCUGAACCUCAGCGCUUUCCACAACCAGGUGUUGGUCACCAAACCUCGAAUGUUACCGGAUCUGCUUGUUCACAAAGCGUAUGACUUCAUCAAACCCCCCAAGAUCAGCAGUUUCCUGCGCCAUGUGCUCGGGGCUGGGCUUAUCGUUCUCGAGGGCGAUCAGCACAAGUUCUUGCGCAAGAACACAAUGCCAGCGUUUAGUUUCCGGCACAUCAAGGACCUCUACCCUAUGAUGUGGACAAAAGCCGUUCUUAUGACCAACAUACUUCGAGAAGAAGUAUCUGGCAGUGACACCAAAGACAGCAAAAACUCUGGCAUCAUAGAGCUCUCGAGUUGGGCCAGCCGAGUUACGCUUGACAUUAUCGGCGUAGCAGGAAUGGGUCGAGAAUUCAAUAUGUUGGAAAAGUCGGAGGAUCCGCUCCUUGACGUCUACGAGCAGCUACUUGACCCAGCACCGGAAAAACUCGUCUUCGCCAUGUCUUCCUUUAUUCUUGGGAUUCCUUUCGUGCGGCUCUUGCCAUGGAAGAUGAAUGACGUCUUCAAGUACUUGACCAGUCGUCUCAAUGAGAUCUGCAUGCCAAUGAUGCAGGCCAAGAAAGAGGCGAUUACCAAAACGAAAGACAAUCACUUUGAUGUCUUGUCUCUCUUGAUCAAAUCAGACAACUUCACUGACAGCGAGCUGAAAGAUCAGCUUCUGACUUUCUUGGCUGCAGGUCACGAAACCACAUCCUCUGCUCUCACCUGGGCCUGCUACCUCCUAGCCAAGAAUUCGGAUCUCCAGAAGAAACUUCGAGAUGAGGUUAGCGAGGCCCUGCCAGAUGAUCUGGUGAUAGAUCAGUCUGUGGACCUAGCUGGUCUCCUUGAACCUUUGCCCUACCUAAAUGGCAUCAUGAAUGAGACCCUUCGUCUAUAUCCUACUGUGCCCAUGACGAUGCGUCAGGCUAUCUGCGAUUCUAACCUCGCCGGUCAGCCUAUUCCCAAGGGUGUCACAGUCGUUUUGUCCAUGUGGCAAAUGAACCGAUCACCCGAACUCUGGGGCUCUGAGGCUGGUGAUUUCCGCCCUGAACGUUGGAUUACAGAUGGCAAGCCCAACACCAACGGUGGUGCCAGUAGUAACUACGAGUUCUUGACUUUCCUUCACGGACCGCGGAGCUGUAUCGGCCAAGGAUUUGCCAAGGCUGAGAUGCGUUGCCUCCUCGCUUCCAUGAUACGCAACUUUUCUUGGGAGCUGGCGAUGGAUGAGAAAAAGGUUUUGCCCAGGGGGGUGAUCACUAUCAAGCCCGCCAAUGGGAUGUACCUCAAGCUGAAACCACUUAACUAG